AAUCAUACAUACAUCAGCAUCAAAACACAGCUAACAAAGACUGAGCUAGCUAAGCUUUGUGAGCAGGAGUUGUUGUUAACUUGGCAAUGGCGAGGGUGGGAGCCGUGCUGCUUCCCCUGGCCUUCGCGGCGCUCAUCCUUCUCGCCGCCGCGCAGUCCGACAAGCCUGAUCAGACGCCCAAGGAGAGGCCACCCAAGGCCCAGGGCCCGAAGCCCAAGCCCAAGCCCAUGAGAGUCAAGUGCAACGAGAAGCGCAAGGUGAACCCCUUCUGCUUCAACCGCAACAUGGACUGCCCGGCCUACUGCCCCCAGUCCUGCUACGCCGACUGCGACGCCUGCAAGCCCGUCUGCGUGUGCAGCAUGCCGGGGGCGUGCGGCGACCCACGGUUCAUCGGCGGCGACGGCAACGCCUUCUACUUCCACGGCAAGAAAGACGCCGACUUCUGCGUCGUCUCCGACAGGGACCUCCACAUCAACGCGCACUUCAUCGGCAAGAGCGGCGCGCCCGGCAUGUCCCGUGACUUCACCUGGAUCCAGGCUAUCGGUGUCCUCUUCGACGGCCACAGCCUCUACGUCGGCGCCAGGAAGACCGGCUCCUGGGACGACGACGUCGACCACCUGGAGAUCACCCUCGACGGCGAGCCCGUGGAUCUCCAGGACGAUGCCAAGUGGACGUCCGGCCUCGUCCCGGCCCUGUCCGUGACCCGGACCAAGGCCGCCAAUGGCGUGCUCGUCGCCGUUGACGGCAAAUUCAGUGUCAGGGCCAACGCCGUGCCGAUCACCGAGGAAGAGUCCAGGGUGCACCGCUACGGGGUCACCGCCGACGACUGCCUCGCGCACCUCGAGCUGGCGUUCAAGUUUGAAGCUCUCACCGACGACGUGCACGGCGUCGUAGGGCAGACUUACCGCUCCGAUUACGUGAACGCUUUCGACGUCAGGGCAUCCAUGCCCACCAUGGGAGGGGAUGCCAGCUUCACCACGUCCGGCAUGUUCGCCGCCGACUGCGCUGUGACGCGCUUCGGACCUGGCCGUGGCAAGGAUGCUGCUGCCUUGAUGUCGGAGCUCGCUAGUGUCUCCUGCGCCAGCGGCAUGCACGGCCAAGGGGUGGUGUGCAAGAAGUGAAGAGACGGGUGUUCAGUUGUGUUUGGCAGGAUAUAUGCUAUCAGCGUCGCUGCCAAGCACAGCAACAAUAAGUGCUGCCGUCAAAUGACGUGGUGAAAUAUGCAUGGUUGUGCACACUACUCAAUAAUGUAUGACGACCAUCUUCAAUUAGUAUGUUGUAUUAUGUUGCAUCAACAUUAAAUAAAUGUGAGAUUUAUGAACAUUGUUUA